UUUUAAAAUUUAUUUAUCCUAAAUCAGACGGUGGAGAGAGGAGUUGCGUCCAUGAUCGUCAUGGUGGACGGUGACUUUACAUUUCCAUUUCUUUCUUCUUCUUCUAUUAUGAAAAAUACAUAUUUAUGUUUACCAGUAUUGUGUCAUCGUACAUGAAUAAGGUCAUAAGAACGAGCAAAAGAAAACUAAUCUCUUCAUCUAGUCGUCGCUGACAAAAAAAAUUGUUAUAAACUUAACUCUUAAGUUAAAGAAAACUACAAUCUGUUAUUACCUUUAAAAAAAAAUCCAAUAUAAAGUAACAAUAUUUCAUUACGUUUUUUUUAAAACUACAUGUUUUUGAAAAUUUUAAUAAAUAAUUAAUUAAUUUAGUAAAUAAAUAUAUUAUAAAAUAUAUAGAGAUAUAAAUAAUAUAUUAUAUAUUUUUCUAUACAUGUAUAUAAACAUGGAUAUAAUGGAUUGGAUCGGAUCUCUAUUUUUUAAAAUAUAGUAUUUGUUAUUUGAUCCGUUUUUGACAGAUAUUAGAUUUUAUUAUUUUCAUUGAUUUGUAAAAUUAAAAUAUCUAAAUUUUUUGGAUUAAAUAAAAAUCUAUAGAUACUUUUUUCCAAUCCUAGAUGUGCAUACCUGUUUACUAAAUCAAUAAUCAAAUUCUUACUAACUGAUAUUUACUAAAUCUUUUUUACAACACAUUACAUUUACUCAUUUGGCUAUAUAUGAUAUAUUCCCGUAUAAUUUCACAUACUGUCGACAACAUAAAAGAUUUGCAUACACUCAUGUUGACCAUUUAGCAGCCAUUUUUGAGGAGAGAGCUAGAUACCUGUUUACAUAUACCUGGCUUAAGUAUUACUGGAACCAUUUUAUCUUUAUUCCUCAUUUUAUCUUUUUUUUUUUUUGGACAUCAAACGACUAUUGCCUCAUUUUAUCUUUUAGAGUCAUUAAUAUAUAAUUGUCGUUAUAAUAUUUAUUAUAUGCAUUGGCAAUACCAAAAGAAAAACAAACAAGAACUAAAAGUCUAAAGUCAACAAGAAAGAAGGAACCAUAAGGCACAAGCAAUAAUAUUCCUCCAAAAUCAUUUUAGUUUAAAGCCAUUACAUUCGUUUAUUUUUACUCAACUAAUUAUACACUUUUUUAUAUAAAAAUGAAAUUGCAAAAAUUUAUUUCAUAACAAUACAGAUAAAAGAUUGAAAAAGCCAGUUUUUCGCACCCAUUUAUUAGAUUCUUCUCCUCUCAAGAGUCUUCUUCUCCUUUUUAUUGGAUUGUAAUUAGACUGAUAGCUCAAGGAACCAAAAACAAAACGGAGAAAAGAAAGAAAAAACAAAAUUAUCUCUUUAAAUUAAAAAAAUUCUCAGCCUUGAUUUUAUUUUUAAUUAUCAGCAACUGUUUUGGAGUUUUCAGAUUCUUUUCUGGAAUUUUCUCAUAGGAAAAUUUCUGGGUUUUCUUUUUUCCUUCUUGGGUUUAAUUUGUUCCUAUGCAGUUUGGUAUAUCCCAUUAAUAGCUCAAUAUUAAACAAAAUCUAUAAAGUUUAAAUUUAUUUCCAUAAAUCUCAUUGCUUAGUCUAUAAAAACUGCAACUUUUCUCUGAAACUAUACUUUUCAUUUCUGAAAUAAAAAAAAAACAAUAGAGAGAGAGAGAGAUUAUGGGGAAGCAAGGACCUUGCUACCACUGUGGCGUUACAAGCACACCCCUGUGGAGAAACGGGCCACCAGAGAAGCCAGUGUUGUGCAAUGCGUGUGGGUCUCGUUGGAGAACAAAGGGAUCACUUGUGAACUACACUCCACUUCACUCUCGUGCUGAUGGUGAAGAGAACAAGGAUCAUCAGAGGUACCAAAGAAUGAAGAGCAUCUCUGUGAAUAACAAGUACAAAGAGACUAAGACGCUCAAGAGGAAAGCAAUCCAAGAACCGGUCUUGGAGUUCAACUACGGUUUCAAAAAGGCUGUGGUAGAGGAGGAUGCUAGUAAUAGAUCGAGUUCUGGUUCUGCUAUAUCCAACUCUGAGAGCUGUGCACAGUUUAGCAGUGCAGAUGGGAGCGAGUUAACAGGUCCAUCACAAUCUAACGCGUGGGACACAACUGUUCCUUGCAAGAGGAGGACGUGUAUGGGCCUCCGACCAAAGACAUCUUCAGUUGAAAAGCUCACACAGGACCUUUACAAUAUUCUACAAGAGCAGCAAUCGUCAGUUUCAUCAGGGGAAGAAGAUCUUCUGUUUGAGAACGAGAUGUUGUCAAUGGUCUCUGUUGAGAUUGGACAUGGGAGUGUUCUGAUGAGGAAUCCUCACUCGUUUGCUCGGGAAGAGGUUUCUGAAGAAGCCAGCUGCCUCUCUUCGGUUGAGAACAAGUCAUCCAUCAGUGAUGCAUACUCCUCACAUUCCGUGAAGCGUGCUGAGAUUGGAGCAGAGAGAGGUUCAGUGUCUGUUGGACAAUCAGUAAAGGAAGAGCAACUCAAGAGGUUAAUGACCAAGUCUCAAAAUGGAAGAGUGCAUGUCCUGGGGAGCCAUGGUUCACCACUUUGUAGCAUAGAUUUGAAAGAUGUUUUCAACUUUGAUGAGUUCAUAGAACAGUUUACAGAGGAAGAACAGAAGAAACUGAUGAGAUUACUUCCUCAGAUUGACUCUGUUAACCUUCCUGAUAGCCUCAGAAUGAUGUUUGAAAGUGCUCAGUUCAAAGAGAACUUCUCUUUGUUUCAGAAACUUAUUGCUGAUGGUGUCUUUGAGAUGCCUUCUUCUACCUCUGAAGCAAGACUUGAAGAGAUGAGGACUUUUAAGAAGCUUGCAUUGUCUGAUUUUCGCAAAUCUCGUUUGGUGGAAAGCUAUAACCUCCUCAAGGAAGGAGACAAAGGAUCUGCUACUACAACUUCAAGAAGCUCAAACCCAAAUGUACAUAAACAUAUUGUAACUAUUAAGAGACGCUGUGAAAACCAAACUCAGUUAAAGUCAGAGUCAAGAGGGCUUAUGAGGAGCCCCAAAAGUGUAACGAAGAUGAAAGCAAGCUAUGAAGGAAACGGCUCAUGCUUUAGCCAAAGAAGCUUGGCUUCUGUGUUUGCUCAAGGUAAUUGCAGUUCUGAUCAAGAUCUCCUUCUUUUGGACUUGCCGUCAAAUGGGUCGUUUCCUCAAGCAGAGCUGCUUCACCAACUAUGAGGGGGACAAAAGCUUUAGACUUCAUGGUGCUUCUCAGUGGUGAAAGAAGGAUUCUUAAGCUUGAUUGAGAUUGAUGAGAGAGAGAGAGACUCUUAGGCUUUCUGAGUCUCUGCUUUAGAAACAUAAAAUUACUUCUUCUUUAGUUUGAGUCUUGGGCUUUCUUUGGUGGUUAAGUUUAUAAAGUGGGUCUUUAUAUACAUACUUUGAGGUGGGUCUUAUCUAUACAUAUGUAUAUACAUUUUGCCUCCUCUCUUUCAAUGAACUUUUUAAACUUGAAACUUCCAUU